AUUUGGUAUCCAUAUCAUUGUUAAUAAAUGAACAUAUCUUCUGUCAUUUUCCCUUUAUUCUGGCAAAACAACGUGUCUCAGGUGUAAAAAAAAAAAAAAAAACCCCAUUGAUGCAUAACACAACCAUCAUCCAUUGAAGAUAAGAAGAUAUCCCAUCUAUGAAGUGGUGGAGGUGUGUCCAAUUGUAAUGGCGUUAUCUAUGAAGCCAGUAAAAGUGGUGGAGGUGUGUCAAAUUGCGCCCUCACGCGAGUCAGCCACCGAGUUAACCCUCCCACUCACUUACUUCGACCUAAUUUGGCUCAAAUUCCACCCAGGUGAGCGCAUCUACUUCUAUCAACUCAAUGAGUCAACCCCCAAUUUCUACCGAGUCAUCCUUCCAGGACUCAAACACUCUCUUUCCCUCACUCUCCUCCACUUCCUCCCUCUCGCCGGCCGCCUCACGUGGCCCUCACAUGCCCCCAAGCCCACCAUCCUCUACAGCCCCGACGACACCGUUUCACUCACUGUAGCCGAAUCGAAGGCCGACUUCAACUGUUUAUCCAGCAAUCAAAUCCUUGAAACCGCCGAGCUGAGUCCGUACGUUCCCGAAUUGGCCGUUUCGGACUCAACAUCACCCGCAAUGGCUAUCCAAAUAACAUUGUUCCCUAAUUCCGGCUACACUGUCGGCUACUCCAUGAACCAUGUCAUCCUUGACGGCAAGAGCACAACCAUGUUCAUGAAAUCUUGGGCGCUUAUCUGCAAACAAAACCAAUCACAUCUACCCAAAGCACUAACACCGAUUUUUGAUCGGACGGUGAUCGAAGAUCCAGAGGGAAUUGACAUGGCGUACUUGAAUCACUGGAUAAAGAUGACGAAUGAGUUGAAUCCAGAAGCAGAUCCUCGCAGCCUCAAGCCAAUUCUGGGCAAGUUAUUCACAGAAUCGAAACUAGUUCGCGCUACAUUUCUGGUUACUCGUGAAGAUAUAAAGAAGCUCAGGAAUCGGGUCUUUAGUGGAAUUGACGAACCAAACUCUGUUCGGCUAUCAAGUUUUGUGCUCACAUAUGCGUACACAAUUGUUUGUAUGGUCAGAUCGAGAGUCGACGAGAGUGUUAACAAGGUUCGGAUUUAUUUAACAUCCGAUUGGAGGGUUCGAUUGGGGGCGAUACCAGCAAAUUACUUCGGGAAUUGUGUUUACAGUUACAAUGCAGUGGUGGAAGCAAAUGAUGUUAAGAGUGAAAAUGGGUUGAUAUUUUUGGUGAAGAAGCUUAGUGAGUUAAUCAAGAAGGUUGACAAUGGUAAUCUUGAAGGAGCAAAAGAGUUGUUUGAAAAAUUGGAGGCUGUAGAUCCGGGAACAUUCGAUAUCAGUGUUGCUGGGUCGCCGCUGUUUGAGCUCUAUAAGGUGGAUUUCGGUUGGGGAAGGCCUAAGAAGGUGGAGUUUAUAUCGAUAGACGACAGAAUUGGAGGCAUGUCGGUGGAGAGGAGCAUAGAUGGAGGAAUUGAGGUUGGGAUGGUGUUGGAGAAGCAUGAGAUGGAGGUCUUUGAUUCUCUGUUUGUUAAUGGACUCAAAGAUCUCUGGUUUGUUAAUGGAAGCAAAGAUCCUCUAUGAUGUUAAGCUUGUUUAGUGUUGAUCCCGUCUUCUUAAGGGUUCUCUGGUAGUCUUGAAGCUUUUCGUUCCUUCUUCUUUAGUGUUGAUGUUUCUUAGGCCUGGAUUGUCUUUGACCAGCGUCCAUCAACGUAUGGGCCUGCUUGCAUUGGGUCAUCUUAGUUUGGGCCUCACUUAUUCAUUCAUGAAAGUCGUUCUGGACUAACUUUCUCAAGGCCCAAUCUUUGGCCUAACAACCCCUAUGCAUACAUUAGAUUUUUAUGGAUUCAAAAUCAAUUGUAUUAAUCAGUAUUAUUAAAUACUAACAAGUGAUCGUUCGAUUG